AAAUAUUUCAUGUACACUUCCCCACCUCACCAUCUGUUCACCCCGUACACGGUACACUCCGUAUAUCAGUCGUUAGAAACCUUGGUUGAACACGCAGCCCUUUUCCCUCGGCUCACCUCUGCUUAACUCGUAAUGUCCGUGGCCGCACCACUUCCUUCUCCGUAGAUUCCUUCAAAACCCUAGCAAAUCCGACCUUCAGAAUCCUACAUCACAACCUAGGUUUCCUUUCAACUUCCAAAGCUCUGCUCAAGCCUCUCAGAGUUCGACUUCUUCCCUCCGGUGGCCCGAUCUCCGGCUCUGCUUUUGCCGCCGUCAUGGUCUCUGCUCCCGCCACCAUCAAAUCGCUUGAUUCGUUCGAUUUCGAAACAUCUCUGUUCAAGAAGGAGAAAAUCUCCCUUGCUGGACACGAUGAGUAUAUAGUGAGAGGUGGCAGGGAUUUGUUUAAACUGUUGCCUGAUGCUUUUAAGGGAGUAAAGCAGAUCGGAGUGAUAGGAUGGGGCUCACAGGGACCUGCACAAGCUCAGAAUUUAAGGGAUUCUCUUUUGGAGGCAGAUUCUGAUAUAGUUGUCAAGAUUGGUUUGAGGAAGGGCUCUCGGUCCUUUAAUGAGGCCCGCACAGCUGGAUUUACUGAAGAGAAUGGGACCUUAGGAGACAUAUGGGAGACUGUCUCUGAAAGUGAUCUUGUGCUGCUCUUAAUUUCAGAUUCAGCUCAGGCUGAUAAUUAUGAGAAAAUAUUUUCACACAUGAAGCCUAAUAGCAUACUUGGGCUGUCACACGGUUUCCUUCUUGGCCAUUUACAAUCGCUGGGCCUUGGCUUUCCUUAUAACAUUAGUGUUAUUGCUGUAUGCCCUAAAGGAAUGGGCCCUUCAGUCAGGAGAUUAUAUGUGCAAGGAAAGGAAAUAAAUGGUGCUGGAAUAAAUUCAAGUUUUGCAGUCCAUCAGGAUAUUGACGGUAGGGCAACAGAUGUUGCUCUUGGGUGGUCAGUUGCCCUUGGUUCUCCCUUUACAUUUGCGACUACCCUAGAGCAGGAGUAUAAGAGUGACAUAUUUGGUGAACGAGGUGAUAUUGGUUCCCUCUGUGAGGGCAUGUUAGCUGUGUACAAUUCAUUGACCGAUGAAGGAAAGAAGGAAUUUGAAAUCGCAUACAGCGCUUCAUAUUACCCUUGCAUGGACAUCUUGUAUGAGUGCUAUGAAGAUGUAGCCGCUGGUAGUGAAAUUCGGAGCGUCGUUUUGGCUGGUCGUCGUUUCUACGAAAAGGAGGGUCUGCCUGCUUUCCCAAUGGGUAAAAUUGACCAGACAAGGAUGUGGAAGGUCGGUCAGCGUGUACGGGCAGCUAGACCAGCAGGUUAUCUUGGUCCUCUGAAUCCUUUUACUGCGGGUGUAUAUGUGGCACUUAUGAUGGCUCAGAUUGAGGUUCUAAGGAAGAAGGGUCAUUCAUACUCGGAGAUCAUAAACGAGAGCGUGAUAGAGUCUGUGGAUUCACUAAACCCGUUCAUGCACGCACGCGGAGUCUCAUUCAUGGUCGACAACUGCUCAACGACAGCAAGGCUUGGAUCCCGAAAGUGGGCCCCUAGGUUUGACUACAUCCUCACCCAGCAAGCACUUGUGGCUGUGGACAACAGCGCCACCGUCAACCGAGACCUCAUUGGGAGUUUCCUCCGUGAUCCCGUGCACGGUGCCAUUGAAGUGUGUGCCCAAUUGAGACCCACUGUCGACAUAUCAGUGCCCGCAGAUGCUGACUUUGUGCGUCCUGAAUUGCGGCAGUAGCCUCUUUACAUGGCAAGCAGGAUCGUGACCAAGGACCUUUUUCUUUGUGUCCCAAUUGAAACACGUUAAUAUGUUUUCAGACUAGAAUUACUACUGGAAUGUUAUUUAUUUUGCUUUUCAUUUACUAGUAAUUACUGUAUAUAAUAAGCCAUGCAAAACUAUUAAAUUAUUGAGAUUUAAUGAAAUGUCUAAUAAUAAAUUAUUUUUAAUGGAAUAAUGAUAUAUAAAAACUGGCUAGACCAGACUUAAA